AUGAGGGUCGUCGUAACGCGGCUCCCCUGGCAGUCGAUCGAGGCGGGUCGUGCUGCUGCACUCGGAUCUUCUAGCGUUGGCGCACGGACAUCACUUCGAAGCUUCUCUGCGAUCGCUUCCUCCUCCUCUUCGAGUAGUCAGAGAUACGUUGCUGCUUCAUCGUCAAUACCCUUCCGUACUGCAAGCAGCUUCGAAGCAGCCGCAAGGCUACAAUGUCGGCCAGGACUGCGAUACUACCAACACAUGGCCUCCAAUCCAGACCCAACCGAACCGCCGAAACAAUCCCUAUCCAGCUCCACCACUACUCCACCCCAAAGCGCAUCAGAUAAUAUCGUCGCCGCUUCUACACCCUCCCCCUCAGCUUCUACCCCUUCCGCGCGAGCAUCAACCCAACCCGCGGCAAAGAAACAACCAGAUGGAGAUGACCCACUUGGUCUCAACGCCCGUGAGAAAAGCCUCAAAGAACAACGUAUGGUCGAUUGGGCGAUCAUCCGCAAACUCGUUCAAUACGUUUGGCCUAAGGGCGAUUUCGGUACUAAACAACGAGUCGCGCUUGCGCUUGCCCUUCUCGUUGGCGGCAAAUUGCUCAAUGUACAAGUGCCGUUUUUCUUCAAAGCCAUCGUCGAUAGGCUCAACCAAGUAGUCAAUGCGCCUUUGGACAUGACCAAUCCCAACACAGUCUGGGUCGUCGCAGGGAGUGCAAUUUUGGGUUAUGGACUUGCUAGAGUCGGUGCAGCUGCCUUUUCCGAACUGCGCAAUGCUGUGUUUGCAAACGUUGCACAGCAGUCGAUUCGGCGAGUUGCGAGAUCCGUAUUCACCCAUUUGCUAGCGCUCGAUUUGGGUUGGCAUCUAACGAGGCAGACUGGUGGACUUACACGUGCGAUCGAUAGAGGCACCAAAGGUAUCUCCUUCCUCUUGACCUCCAUCGUCUUCCACAUAGUACCGACGGCGUUGGAGAUCUCAAUGGUUUGCGGUAUCUUAUCGUACAAAUGCGGGCCAAGUUUUGCAGCAGUAACAGCAGUAACGAUGGCUGCUUAUGCCUGGUUUACCAUUCGCACCACUUCUUGGCGUACAAGAUUCCGCAAAGAAGCAAACGCAGCGGAUAACCGUGCUGCUACCACCUCAGUUGAUUCCCUGCUCAAUUAUGAAGCGGUGAAAUACUUUAACAACGAAAAGCACGAAAUCGCAAAAUACGAUGCCGCAUUGGCGGAUUACGAAAAGAGUAGUAUAAAGGUUGCCACCAGUUUAGCCGCGUUGAAUUCGGGACAGAAUGCAAUCUUUUCAACCAGUUUGACGGUCAUGAUGUUGCUAGCCGCACAGGGAGUGACGAAUGGCACUAUGUCAGUGGGUGAUCUGGUGAUGGUGAAUCAACUUGUUUUCCAACUUUCUUUGCCGUUGAACUUUUUGGGAACGGUGUAUAGAGAGUUGAGGCAGAGUCUGGUGGAUAUGGAAACCAUGUUCAAUCUGGAAAACGUCAAUGUUGCAGUUAAAGAGAACGCAGAUGCACCACCCCUCAAGGUUACUGGUGGAGAGAUUCGGUUCGAGAACGUUACCUUUGGCUACCAUCCCGAUCGACCGAUUUUUAGCAACAUCUCAUUCGCCGUUCCUGCUGGAUACAAAACCGCUUUUGUAGGCCCUUCCGGUUGUGGAAAAUCCACCAUCUUCCGCCUUUUGUUUAGGUUUUACGAACCUCAAUCCGGAAAAAUCUACAUUGAUGGACAAGACAUAACCAAGGUCUCGCUCGAAUCUCUUCGUCGUCAUAUCGGCGUUGUCCCACAGGACACUCCUCUGUUUAACGAUGAUAUUCGACACAACAUUCGUUAUGGUCGUCUAGACGCUUCUGAUGCAGAUGUCGAAGCAGCAGCUCGCGCGGCCAAGGUGGAUCAAAUCGUUCAAAACCUCCCCCAAGGCUACAAUACCAAAGUAGGCGAACGUGGACUUAUGAUCUCUGGAGGGGAGAAGCAAAGGUUGGCGGUGGCGAGGCUACUGUUGAAGAACCCGAGUAUAUUGUUCUUUGACGAAGCGACGAGCGCGUUAGAUUCCUAUACAGAGACAGAGCUCAUGCGCAACAUUAACGCCAACCUUCUGAGCGAGAAGAGGACCGCGAUUUUUGUAGCUCAUAGGCUGAGGACGAUUAGCGAUUCGGACUUGAUUGUCGUGUUGCAGAGUGGACAAGUGGCGGAGAAGGGUACGCAUGCAGAGUUGAUGGAUAGAAAAGGAUUGUAUUGGGAUCUAUGGCAGGCUCAGUCGACGUUGGGGGUGGGACAUGGUGCGGGAGCGAAUGAACAUUUGCAAGAUUUGGAGAGAGAACAGGGUCAAAGUCAGAAGACCGAGUCAAAGUGA